GCGUUAACUGUUUCAGCGCUGUAGCGUGGCUACGCUGCGUUUACGUAUACAAACCUGGAAAGCUGUAACAUUGUGUGUGUUCUGCAGCGCCCCCUGACGGCCGGGAGGAGACAUGACGGUGCUGUAGAUAUAAGUGUUAGAGGGGUUCUGCCGGCAAGGUAAGAAUGGGCCGGCGGUACUUCUGCGACUACUGUGACCGGACCUUUCAGGACAAUCUGCACAACCGCAAGAAACACCUGACUGGCGUGCAGCACCAGAAGAGUAAGAAGGCCUGGUAUGACCUGUUCAGAGAUGCUUCAGAGAUCCUUGCAGAAGAGGAAUGUAAGAAACUGUGCAGACGCUUUCUCCAGACAGGUCAGUGUGACUUUGGUCCUUCCUGCCGUUUCUCACAUAUGACAGCAGAAGACCUGGAUGCUUUAAAGGCCCAUGUGGAAGCAGAGAGAAGACUGCGAGAAGAAAAAAGUAAACAAAUUCCUCCUUGUAAUGUAGAGCCUUGGUUGGAAGAGAGGGCUAAGAAAGAAAGCACUCGCAGUGACAGUGCCUCUGUAUCUGAACGUCCCAUCUACCAUUUACCACCAGGCUGGCCUCCACUGUGUGAACUGCCCCCAUCACUUCAUCCCCCCACAGCUGCAGACGGAGAUCACCAAGAGGACCUUGAAUGGGGCUAAUUUAGAGGAUCCAUAACUGAUUGAUCAGCGAGUUACUGUGAAGACUGUUUAAUGUAUAUGUUUUGGUGAAUAUGGGAUUCACACCAUGAUGUAACAGACUUGUCUAUCUUACAGUGCUUGCUGAACACUUCAGGGAGUGGUGUCCAGGGUAUCAAUAUGAAAAUCUGUGACUAAUAAUUCCGUUUUUCCUUUAAGUAUAGUGGAGCUGUAAUAGAACAUACCAAUUGAAAAGACUGGAGUAGCUUUUCUAGACAAAAGUUUUCACUUUAAAGAUGAGCCAAAUUUAACAAACAACAUGCAACAUUUGAAAAAUGUGGUGCAAAGUACUCCAAUGCAUGAUAUAUCCCCCCCCCCCCCCCCCAAGUUUUUAUUAUUGUACAUUCUUAUAUUUUUUUUACUGAAUAGACAUUAACCCAUUCCUGACUUCCUGUUGGCUAUAAACACCUGGGCAGUCACCCUUAAAAUAAAAUUGUCGUUAAUUUUACAAUUUUAUGCUGCUAGGUCGUAACCGCACCAGCACAUGCCAAUGAGUCCCCAUAUUCAUGAGAUCACGGCCCUGCGCGUCCACCUGUUUUUUUUCUAUAUGAAUCGGCAGCAGGUGGACGGGGAGAGCCAAGAGCUCAUGAAUGGGGGACUCGUUCAUCAUGCAUUGGAGCUGUUUAGCACAAGAUUUUAGAAAAUCAACUGUUUCAAUUAAACAAAGUGACCCAGCAUUUUUGCUAAGGGGAUAUGUCACUAGUUUAUGUUGCACUUAGUUAGGACACCAUUAAACUGGUGACAGAUUCCCAUUAAACUCUGCACGGAUGUUUUAAAAUGUCAGUGCAGAGAUAACCUCUGCAUGCUAAUUGUGCAACUGGUGAGCGGGGAGACCACUAUUAGGGUGCUUUCACAUGACCGUAUGUAUUUUGCAGUCCGCAAAACGCAGAGCCACAAAAAUUACGGAUGACGUCUAUGUUGCAUCUGUUUUAUGUUGCAGAUCCAUUGUAACAAUGCUUAUCCUUGUCUGCCAAAUGAACAAGAAUAGGACAUGCUUUUAUCUUUUUUUUUGCAUGGCUACGGAACGGGCAUACAGAUAGCACACAGUGUGCCAUCCACAUUUUUUUGCGGAACAAUUAGAAUGCGGAUCUAUUCAUUUCAUCUGUAAAAAUGCAGAUCGGAUUGUGAAUAAGCCCUUAGUGACAUCCAUGCUUCCCUUAGAGAAGACAGGGAUAGUUUUACACUGCCCCUGUCUUCUUCAUCAUUCUAUACACAGUGCUUUAACGAGUGCUGUGUAUAGAGAUCAGGAAGUUGUGAUGCCACUUCCAGCUUUGGGCCCAGCCAGGGGAGGAUUGGCGAUAUACCUUACAGAGAAAUUUCCCAGUGGGCCGAUGCCCAGGGAGACGCCCAAGCCCUCAGCUCUGCCGUAUGUUGGGUACAUAAUGAGCUCUCAGUAGUAAUUAACUCUGUGAGAAUCAGGUACUCAUGUACCCGGCCACUGACCACACAUGCCCUCCUGAAUUCAACUAUGUCCCGCAUCUAACCUCUAGCACCAUAAGCCCCUUGCUCCUUAUCUAAGGCUACUUUCACACGGAUCCGGCAGGGUUCAGCAAAAACGCUUCCGUUACUGAUAAUACAACCGUCUGCAUCCGUUAUGAACGGAUCCGGUUGU